CGGUGGGCACCGUAUCCGUGGUUUCGGACACGCUGUGCAGGCUCUCUGGGCUCCUCCGUUUUAGUUGUACCCCCCAAAAUACAAAGGAAUAACGGUGCUUUGCUGGAUGUGCCCGUCUAGUUUUUAAGCGCUUUUGGGGAGACCAGGGCUGUUCCGGACUAGGAUUUUAGACACGUGUAAUUAUUGUAGGGCCUGCUUUCACUCAUGACCCCGUUGCUCCUGGUGGUACGAAGGAUAAUAUGAUUACUAAAGGAUAUUGUCCUUUCCGGUGUGCAGGGACAGGUGUAACUCACAGUUGCAAUGCAUACAUGUAAUGUAUGUGUGCAAUUGUAUGUGCUAAUGACAAUGUCGAGCUUUGAUGUGCAAUUAGAAGAUAGCCCCCUUUCUUUCCAGGGGAUGGAGAAACAUUUUUUGCACCUCUUUCUCCUUUUUGUCACAUCAGAAUUCUUCCUGCCUUAUCUGCCCUGAUUCUGAAUGCAUACAGACCUCAAGUACCAGGGUUGUCAAUGGAAUGCCUGAUCAGAGCAGUUAAUCACAUCCUUAAUUCAUCUCCCCAUGUUCCCAAGGCCCAUUAUAAUAUAAUGGUUUUGUUUACCCAGCCUCCUAAGUCAUUCCUGGGAAGACUUGCAGUGCCCAACCUUCCUGUUUGGCCUGUUGCAGCUCUGACUCCUCAUUAAGCGUGGUCCUUUUAGUGUUCCCCAGCCCUGGGUGUGAAUCCAGUGUGCCGGUCAGCAGGUACCAGCAGGACCAGUGGCACUUUUGCUAUUACACAACUGGAAACUCGCGCAUCCCAGAGCGUGACUCAACUGCUUUUGAUGCGCUUCCCUGAAUGCUCAGGAAUAAAGAGACACAUCUUACCUUUCAUGGAAAGGAUGCUGUUCCCCCUGCCUCUGCGGGUAGCCUGCAGUCUGCUUGCCUGGUUCUCUCUCUACGCUUGGUUCUGCCAUCGCUACAAGCACCGGAAUUAUGAAUGGAGCUGCAGGCUGGUCACGCUGACCCAUGGCAUCCUUGCUACCUGCCUCUCUGCUUACGUUGGCUUUAUUGAUGGUCCCUGGCCUAUGAGUCACCCAGGAUCACCAAACACAACUCUUCAGGUACAUGUGCUGUGCCUUAGCUUGGGCUACUUCCUCUUCGACCUCUGUUGGUGUGUGUACUUCCAAACAGAGGGUGCCCUGAUGCUGGCCCACCAUCUGGUGAGCAUCUUGGGUAUCACAGCAUCACUGGCACUUGGGGAGUCAGCUGCGGAGGUCAAUGCCGUCAUCUUUGGUAGUGAGAUCACUAACCCGCUGCUGCAGGCUCGCUGGUUCCUGAAGGAGAUCGGGUGUUACCACAGUUUCACAGGUGACGUGGUGGAUUUCUUCUUCGUGGUCCUCUUCACUGGGGUGCGGAUUGGAGUGGGGGCCUGGCUGAUGUACUGUGAGCUUGCUUCUCCCAAACCCAGGUGGUACAUUAAGCUGGGUGGUGUCAUCAUGUACGCUGUCUCCUGGGUUUUCAUGGUCAGCAUCUGUCGCUUUGCUAGGAGGAAGAGCAUGAAGAAGUACCACGCUUGGAGGAGUCGGAGGAGUGAUGAGUUGUACUUGAAAACUAAUGGACAUCUGAAAAACCACUGACUGGAUGCUGAGUAAAGACUUCCUCGAGUUCACAAUCUGGCAAGGAGGGGAUCGUGCCUGAAAUGCCACUGUUGGGAGAGGAGCCAACACACGUUAGCAAUUCUGGAGCCAAAUUUAUCCCUGGCAUAACUCCACUGAAAUCCAUGGAGCUAUGCCAUGGAUUCAUUGGAUCUGCAGUGUUUGGCCUGGCAGAGGCUGGCUCAGUGUCUACGUAAGCAUACGCUAAAUGAUUUGAGUGAAAGAAGGGCUAAUUUUACUGACUAAACAUAAGUAGUCCAGCAGUGCAGGUGUAAAUAGUAAUUUUCACAGCUAACUCCUUCAGCACUGGUAGAAUCUUGGCAAAGAGGAAGAAAUAACACUAGAUCUUCACGUUCAGUGUCCUGUACAGUCUAGCCAGCUAGAUUGACUCUUCAUACUGUUAGGAAGAAGCAUCUUCUAGUGUUUUGUCAGAGUUGGGAUUCCUGGCUCUUCCACCAACUUGUUAUGUGACCUUGGGCAAGUCACGUAACUCUAACUCUGUGCCUAAUUUCCCCAUCUGUGAAUUGGGGGUGAUGGAGCUGAUCCAUCUGUAUUAUGCACUUUCAGAUUUUUACUUGAGAGGUGCUAUAUAAAUGCAAAAUGAGGGUUGUUAUCUGCACUUCGUUCAUUAUCCCUAUGUUUCCUUUGGGAGAAACUUAUUUUGGUGGUUGAGCUAGAGCGUGACUCUAGAGAGAAUAGAAUUUUAGGUAGGUGGUUGUUUCCUACCCUAAUUCCUUUUAGUGACUUAUUUAAUAACAUUGGUAACUUAUUUUUCGGUAGUGUCCAGGAGCUCUAAUCAGCACUGGCGCCUUGCAGGACUAGGUGCUCUCUGAAUACACCCAAAGACACAGCCCCCAGUGCGAAAUGCUUUUCCGACUCUUUCUCUCUUCUUCAUCCCUGACUGUUAAAACUCAACCCAGCCCCUCCAAAUACUGCUGUUAGCUCCUUGAGUGGCUAACACUGUCAGAUCCAAAUUGGAAUUUCAGGUUGAAGAGUGGCCAAUGCACAUCUUCAAAACACAGUGGCUAAGACGGAAAAGCUACUCAGCUUCAAAUGUGUCCUCUGCCCUGUUCAAGCCAGAGAUCCAUCCUUGGCUCUCCUUAUCUGAAUUGACGCCUUGACCCCUUGGCUUUGAAUUCACUUCUGUCUCCCUGAUUGGAUCUGUGUCACUUUAGAAAAGUGAGCAUUUAUAGGGUAAGAGAGACUUAUUUUACAGCCUAAUAAUUAAAGAAGUGAGAGGCACAGAAUCUGGCCUUUUUUUAAGUAAAAAAGUGAACCUGGCUGGGAGGGAAAAUAAGCGUUACUUUCAUCCGGUCCCAUUUGCAGGGAAAAACUGCCCCCCAGUUGACAGCUUCUAGUGUUUAUUUCACUGUAUGUUCUUAAGUGCUGUUCCUUUGUUCCUGCUGUCAUCAUUACGGUCAUUUCUUUUGAGCCUCAGCACCAGGCCUCCAGUGCAGCUCAGGUGCCAGUUCUGCUGUGAGCCUUGCCUGUUGCAGCCAAAGACCUGAAAAGCCCAAAGCACUUCAGAUUAAAUAGAGCCAACUGAUGGGUGAGUUGCUCCUGAAAAGGAAACUUGACUCAUUUAGCACAGCACAGUGAUAUGACUAUUGAGCCUUGAAGGGAGACAAGAAGGGCUAGUUGGGGCAUGCUGGUUCUUUCCCAGCUCUGCUGCUGCUGUCGGGCAUGUCAAGAGCCUUUUUGCCUCAGCUUACCCACUCUAUUAAGUGGGUACAGCAUUACCUACCUCGUGGGGUGUUUCCAUUUGUUAACACUAAGCCAGCUUUGAUGAAUGCUUGGUGGUCUGUGUCAAGCUGUGCUGUAUAAAGGCAAAACUGCUUUGAGCGAAGCACUUCUCGCUAUGACCCAUCAUCAGUACUUUGCCACGUGAACAUGGCACUUCCCAGCAUCUGGCUUGCCUCACAAAAGCAGGAGUCCAAGCUGUUCUGCAGUGGUACUGAUGGGUAGGAGUCUAAAGGAAUAAGCUAGACACAUGCACAAAGAUCAGGCGUGCUGCUGGUUGUUCAGGUGGACUCCUGAGCUGAAGACAGGAUGUCUGGUGGGUUUUCCCUAGUAAGGAUUGCAGUAAAUGGAGCCAAAAUCGUUUCAGCAGCCAGUCUGACCAGGGAAUAACAGCUUUCAGCAGCAAGUCCUGAAGAAUUGUAGGUGAGAACAGCCUGUUCAUUUUUCAAUGCAGCUGCUGACUUGCCCACCAAGAAGAGUUUCCUGAGCAGUCCUGAUGGUUUGGACUCUGACCUCUGCUGAGGUUUGCUGUGCAGCUCACUGCAUGGUUACUCCCCUUCUGUGGGGGCUGUACAGGCCAUACCUGCCCAAGUGAAUAAGGAUGCAGGUAUCUAUGAAACAACUUGUAUGAAGAUGUUCUGAAAGAUAAUGCCCUUAAUGGCUGAGUUGUCCCCUUCUUUGAACUGGGGGGAAGCUUGGUUGGAAGAAGUAGAACACCGUGAUCA